AGCAAGCUGUGAAAGUCAGCCGUCCAGGAGGAGGAAGGGACACUAACAUUGUUUAUGAAGUACAGCGUCUCAGUCCAACUACUCACCAACAGUCGAGCAAUGUUUUAGGAGCACAGUUUAGUUGCUCUUUAGAGCCGCUGGCCAGCUGAAGCUUGCGGCUAGCUCAUUAACGUUAGCUGGUGGUUGUUGGGGGGGAAAAGAAGCGCAAGCGGAGGCAAGAAAAAUGGAGCUGGACGACGUAGUCCUGUAUCAGGACGACUCCGGCAACUCUGCCAUGAUGUCCGAGCGGGUCUCAGGUUUGGCUAGUUCCAUAUACCGAGAGUUCGAGCGUCUCAUCGAGAAAUACGACGAGGACGUAGUGAAAGACCUGAUGCCGCUGGUCGUCGCCGUGCUGGAGAACUUGGACUCGGUGUUCGCUGUCAACCAGGAGCACGAAGUGGAGCUGGAACUGCUGAAGGAGGACAACGAGCAGCUGAUCACCCAGUACGAGAGAGAGAAAGCGCUGAGGAAACACACUGAAGAGAGGUACAUCGUCUUCGAAGACUCCCAGGAGGGCGAGAAGAAGGAUCUCCAGGGUCGGCUGGUGAUACUGGAGUCACACACACGUCAACUGGAGCUAAAAACGAAAAACUAUGCAGAUCACAUCAGCAGAUUGGAUGAGAGAGAGGCUGAGCUCAAGAAGGAGUACGCCACUCUUCAUCAGAGACACACUGAGAUGAUCCACAGCUACAUGGAACACCUGGAGAGAACUAAACACCAGCACGCACAGGCAGCAGCAGCAGAGCCUGAUACUAGCACUGUGUCAUCAGGCAGAGUGAGGAAGGAGCGUCCCAUCUCCAUGGGAAUAUUCCAGCUUCCUGGGACUGAUGGCAUGACCCCCGACCUCCAGAGGGAACCUGUAGACACCCCGUCGGAACCCUGGAGAUUCAACAACCUCAGCCACCCGCGCUCCAACACCAGCCUCAAGGAUGAACUGGCCAAUUCCAACCGCAGAGGCUCCAAGUCCGGCACCCCAUCCAACCAAGCAAGCGUCUCAAAAAGCGGAGCCGCAGCGUCUUUACAAGGCAGAUCCUCUAAAACAAACACCCCCACAUCAUCAGCAUACGACGGCAGCUCUCAGUCCAGCACGCCGCUCUCUACUCACGACGGAGGAUCCGCCGGCUCGAGUCCCAGGUCCAGUCUCGGGGGCGGCUCUGGGUCUGGGUCUGGCUCCGGCUCCGGCUCUGCCUCCGCCACACCACUGUCUGCAGCCGCUUCAGACGUCACCAUGGAAUCCACGGGCACGCCCCUGCAGGAAGAGAGAGGCUCAGACGGGCUCAACAAGAACCUGAACUGGAGCAGCGGGAAGCCGGACAGCAGUAAGAACAUCUCAGCAGUGCAGGAUGGACAGCAGGGUCAGAGAAGACACGAAGGUGUGCGAGGACACGAGGGUGAGCAAGGACGCGAGGGUCAGCAAGGACGCGAGGGUCAGCAAGGACACAAGGGUCAGCAAGGACACAAGGGUCAGCAAGGACACGAGGGUCAGGACUCUGUCACUACUCCUGCUGGUGGUGAUGUGUCAGACGACCUGGAGAAGUCUGAGGUUCAGGCCAUCAUAGAGUCCACACCUGAACUGGACAUGGACCUCGACGGCUGCAAAGGAACAAGCACACCUAAUAAAGGCGGCAUAGAGAAUCUAGCAUUUGACCGUAACACCGAAUCUCUGUUUGAGGAGCUGUCGUCUGCAGGGAACGACCUCAUAGGAGACGUAGACGAUGGAGCAGACCUGCUGGGUAUGGGUCGUGAAGUUGAACAUCUUAUCCAAGAGAAUACACAGCUGCUGGAGACCAAAAAUGCUCUGAACGUGGUGAAGAACGACCUGAUCGCACGCUUGGACGAGGUGUCCUGCGAGAAGGAAGUCCUGAGAGGAGAGCUGGACGCCGUCACUCAGGCCAAGACCAAACUUGAGGAGAAGAACAAAGAGUUAGAAGAGGAACUCAAGAAGAUUCGAGCAGAGCUUGACGACGGCAAACAGAAGGCGAAGACCGAGAACGAGGACGAUCAAAGCGACGUUCCCACCGCUCAGAGGAAGCGCUUCACCCGAGUGGAGAUGGCCAGAGUCCUGAUGGAGAGGAACCAGUACAAAGAGAGGCUGAUGGAGCUGCAGGAGGCCGUCAGAUGGACAGAGAUGAUCCGGGCGUCAAAGGAGAACCCAGCUCUUCCAGAGAAGAAGAAAUCCAGCCUCUGGCAGUUUUUCAGCCGUUUGUUCAGCUCGUCGGGCGGGGCAGCCAAGAAGCCGGCGGUGGAGGCCCCCGUCAACGUCAAGUACAACGCGCCCACCUCUCAGAUCCAGCCGUCCGUCAAGAAGAGGAGCAGCGCCCUGCAGCAGCUGCCCAGCGACAAGAGCAAAGCCUUCGAUUUCCUCAACGAGGAAGUGGCGGCUGAUAACGUUGUGUCCAGGCGAGAACAGAAGAGGGCUCAGUACCAGCAGGUCAAAGCUCACGUCCAGAAGGAGGACGGCAGAGUGCAGGCUUACGGCUGGAGUCUGCCCAAGAAGUACAAAGCUAACGGCGGUCAGUCAGACGGUAAGAUGAAGAAUCUACCUGUCCCCGUCUUCCUCAGACCGCUGGAUGAGAAAGAUGCUUCUAUGAAGCUGUGGUGUGCAGCCGGUGUAAACCUGUCCGGAGGUAAAACCAGAGACGGAGGUUCCAUCGUAGGAGCCAGCGUGUUCUACAGCGACGUGACAGGACCAGAGAGCCCCAAAAAGAAAAUUGGAUCUCAGAACAGCCUGGAUCAACUGGAUCAAGAACUGGAGGAGCAGCAGAAGGAGCUGAGGCAUCAGGAGGAGAUGUCAUCACUGGUGUGGAUCUGCACCAGCACACAGUCCACCACUAAAGCUGUGGUCAUAGACGCAAACCAGCCUGGAAACAUCCUGGAGGGCUUCUUUGUCUGUAACUCCCACGUCCUCUGCAUGGCCAGUGUGCCAGGAGCCAGAGAGACAGACUACCCAGCUGGCGAAGAAGUGUCUCUGAACGCCGAGGCUGGACCCGUGGGAGAAGGCAGCUCGUCAGCCGCCAGCAGCAGCCCGACAGGCGGCGACAGCGUGCUGGGAGGCAUCACCGUGGUGGGCUGCACGGCCGAAGGAGCGGCAGCCAUUCCUCAGACGGCAGACAGUCCAGGAAACACGGACGGAGAAGCAGAAUCCAGAUCAGCAGAGGAGGCCACAGAGGCGACGGAGGCCAGCGCGGAGCUCGCCGACCAGAGAGAGAGCCUGAGGGGAGUCUACACCGAGCACGUCUUCACUGAUCCGCUGGGAGCUCAGCACACGGCCGAGACUCCCGCCGGCUACUCUCAGAGGGAGAGCGAUCUGGUGAAGGACGGCGUGAGUUCAAACCCCGAUGCCGAGGAGCAGGACCUGAUGAGAGAGGAGGCUCAGAAGAUGAGCAGCGUUCUGCCCACCAUGUGGCUGGGAGCACAGAACGGAUAUGUGUACGUCCACUCAUCUGUGGCUCAGUGGAAGAAGUGUCUCCAUUCUAUAAAGCUGAAGGACUCGGUGCUCGGUAUAGUUCACGUGAAAGGGCGAGUGCUGGUCGGCCUGUCUGACGGCACGUUAGCCAUUUUCCACCGAGGAGCAGAUGGACAGUGGGAUCUGACCAACUACCACCUGCUGGAUUUGGGGAGACCUCACCACUCCAUCCGCUGCAUGACAGUGGUGCACGACAAGGUGUGGUGCGGCUACAGGAACAAGAUCUACGUGGUGCAGCCCAAAGCCAUGAAGAUAGAGAAGUCAUUCGACGCCCACCCUCGUAAAGACAGCCAGGUGCGUCAGCUGGCCUGGGACGGUGACGGCAUCUGGGUGUCCAUCAGGCUGGACUCCACUCUGAGGCUGUUCCACGCUCACACCUUCCAGCACCUCCAGGACGUGGACAUCGAGCCCUACGUCAGCAAGAUGCUGGGUACGGGCAAACUGGGCUUCUCAUUCGUACGCAUCACGGCUCUCAUGGUGUCGUGUAAUCGUCUGUGGAUCGGCACCGGCAACGGAGUUAUCAUCUCCAUCCCUCUGACAGAUUCAGCCAACAAGGUACCCAAAGCUGCAGGUAACCAACCAGGAAGUGUCGUCAGUGUCUACGGAGACGACAGUGGCGACAAAGUGACAGCCGGGACGUUUGUUCCAUACUGCUCCAUGGCUCACGCUCAGCUCUGUUUCCAUGGACACAGGGAUGCUGUCAAAUUCUUCACUGCUGUCCCAGGUCACUCAGUUCCAUCAUCGACGGGCGCAGGAGACGCAGCAGGUGAGAAGUCAGCAGACGCCACAUCUCAGGAAGGAACCAAGUCCAUGCUGGUGAUGAGCGGAGGAGAAGGCUACAUCGACUUCAGGAUGGGCGACGAGGACGGCGAGGCGGAGGAGGGCGAGGAACCCUCCAUGAAGCUGCAGUCCCCGCUGGCGAAAGCAGAGCGCAGCCACCUCAUUGUCUGGCAGAUCCUGGCCAACGACGACUGAACUCUGACCUCCGACCCCCCCCACCUCACCCCCACCCUAACGCCCCGAUCCGCCUUCCUUCUCAAACCCGUCGCCCUGCAAGAGGAAAUCAGGAGGAACGACUCCCCUCAGCAGGCGCGAGUUUAAUCAGCACUUUCUGUUUAUUUUUUUUUCUAUCUUCCUCAAAGCUGAACAAUAAGAAUGAAACAAGCCGAAGCUGCUCUCUGCAGCUCCAACACACAACUGCAUGUUCAAUGUUUUAUUACUUUUCUUUUUCCUAUUUUGUUUUCUUGUUUUUCAUGUUUAUUUUAAGGAUUUUUUUUUAAAUUCCAAUCAGUUAUAAUGCCUCUUGAUCUUCUUUUAAUAUUAUUUGACUACACAACCUUUACUUUCUGUUUUUGUUUUGUUUCAUUCACAUCUGAAUCCUGACAAUUGGAGGCUCCCUCCCAACAGUCCAGCCUCUGUCUGCUGAUGCUGGACUGACAGCAUAAAUCAAUCAUUUCAAAGACAAAUGAUUGAUUCAAUGCAAGCCAUAUCACCUGUGUGUGUUACCCUGUUUCCCUGAAAUAGCAUAACAUUUGGGCAAUAAUGCAAAAAGGAGCCGAUCCAGAUCCGAAGAGGUUUGUGAUGACAGAUCCUGUUUCAUGUUGAUUUUUUUAUUUUUUUCAUCCUUUGAAGAGAACUUGGCUUUUGAUUGUAUGCAAGACAAUUUGAAUCGAUGGCCAGCUGUUUCUUGGAUCAAGGUAAAUGCAAUACAGCUGAUUCACCUAUCAAGUGUGUUUGAGCACAGACUCUCAUGUGUUACAGUUACAUUCAGUUCAGAGCUGAGCAUUCACUUAAAAACUAUUACCAGUGUGUUGAAGGUAUUUUCAGAAUCCUUAAAGACUCUUCUGACUAGCUGGAUGAAAAAAUAGUCUAAUCUUUAACCCGUUUAUCAAGUAGUUAGUCAAAAAUGAUGCAUCAUCAUCUUUCAGAAUCUGUACAAUCUGACCUAUACUGUAUAAUUAGUUAUAUUGUUAGAGAUUAAUGUUUCUUUCCAAUAUUUAUUAUUUUUAUACAAAAACACAUUAAUGAAUUAGUGAUUUCUGGCUACAGUUCCAAUUUGAAAAACUUUUUUUUGUUUAUUUCACAGGAUAUUUUGUCAUUUAGAUGGUGAUAAAAGUCUUUGAGGAUUCUGUAAAGACCUUCAGAGCAGCAAAAUAUGACGAGUCAUUAUUUUUCAGAAACCGUGCUGCUCAGCACUUUGACUGCAAUGUAAAAGUUAAAACAUGAGAUACAAACUGAGGCUGUAAUAAAGGUAGAAGCUACCUUUUUUAUACCUCAGUGACACUUCCACUGACAAAGCCCUUAAUUAUGAAAGCAGAAUGUUCCCGCCACUACAUCCUGUAAAUCCUUUAAGUUUGGUUGCAAUGCUGACACAUUCACAGACCAUACAUUUUAAUCCAAUAAUCGUCGUGUCUCAGCCUCCACCAGCUCCAGCUAGUAGACACAUCCCGAAAAAAAAUCUUGAAAUGAACAUUGAUAGCUGCCUUAUAGGAAUCACGGUUUGAAAGGUUGAAAGGCUUUUCAAGUGUGACAAAGUAUUUAUAUAUUUUUCUUGAAAGAAUGUUACGUUUGCUACCAAAGGUUAAAGAUUUAAAGACGGAUAGUUAGCCGCGUGCUGAAUCUGAAAUGAGCGUGUCUGAUUUUUCUUGAACGCAGCACCUUUUUCAGCAGCGCGUUUUGCCUCCGUGUAGAUAACAAGCUAGCUUUUUGUAACAGAGCUCCCGGGGUUGUAGAUAAGAUAUAUUUUUUAGACUUUUGAUGCUGAAUAUUUUGCGGGUGUGAGAGAAGAGAAUGUGCCGGAGCUGUUUUACUAUCAGAUAAUAAAAAGAAGCGGCCACGUUGACGGUUAAAUAACCCCCCCGCCACCGCCUCGUCUCCAAUCCUUUACUUUCACAUUUCGAGGUCCAAACUUUAACGUUCACGCCGCCGUCACGUGAUUCGACCUUCUCAGCAAUAUCCCCUCCUAAUUUGAUACAUCUUUAAGGAAAAAAAAAAACCCUUUUAAAUCUAUUUUUAUGACCUGUUUUGUUUUUGUUUUUUAUGUCUUGUCUUUUAAGGCAUCUAGUACACACGAUAUGUAAUGUAUGGCCUCUGUGUACCAGUAGACUGCACUGGUAUGUGUGUGUUUUUGUUGUGCUCUUUGUAUAACAGUAUCAGACGAGGCCUGUCCUCAUCAGAGAGCCGUGUGUGUGUGUCUUCUCUCCAAGAGAGGAGAGAAAUGUUAUUAUUGCAGUUUAGCCAUUUCAGUAUUUAUUUCAAUGAUUUGAGCCUUUGCAAUUCAGAAUGUAUCUUUGUACAUUGAAUAUGAAUAUAUAUGAUUAUAUAUAUGUAUGAAACAUGAAAACGGCUUGGGGGUUUAUUGUUGCUGUUGCAAUGAUAUGAAUUUUAUUUUGUAGGGGGUGAAUUUACUCAGCUAUGCACUAUGGAGGGAGAGGGGAGCUAGCAAGGCCUGUUUUUUUUUUUUGUUUUUUUUUUUUUCAAAGUCGAGACACUGACACACAAUCAGUUUUCAUCUCCGGAGUGGGGGGAGGUAAAGGAGGGGGGGUCAAAAUGAACUUCAUCCCACCACAGCACGAUACAGAAAACUUUCUCUGGAAGUCUCGCCCCCCCUCCACAGGUCUGUGUCAUCGCUCUCCUCUGCAUAAUGCUUGUCAACUUGGUGAGGACUCCCUCUGCUCCAAGUCAGCAGUACGCACACACACACACACACACACACACAUCAUCAUCUUGUACUCCUACAGCGUCUCUAG